CAUUUCCAGCAUGGUUGCUUGCUUGCAGAUGAGCUGAUAAUAUAACAUUUCUUACUGUGUCUCUGAAGUUGUAUUAUGAGCUCAAAAAAUAUCAAAACUCCAGUCCAGCUUUAUAUGCAUUUAUUGCGACAAGUGAGAAAGCUGCCAAAAGAAGCACAGCCUUAUUACAAGAAUUACGUGAGACAGGGGUUUAACAGUCACUCUGAUGAAGAUGAUCCAGAACGCAUCCAAAUGAUCAUAGAAAGGUCAGUUAAGGAUGCAGAAUGGAUUGUAAACAAGUACACCAAAAAUGAAACAUGACAUGAAUUAUGGAAAAGCCAGUGGAAGUGCCAACAGCUUUGAAGAAGCCAAAUGAGCUAUAUGUGGAAGAGGAACAUCGCUACAUAUGAAGCUGUAAAAUGUCUUUAGUGAUUUUGUACAGAAAAAAAGAGUAUGGAAGUAAUAUCACAUGCUCUGUGGAGUGGUGUGGCAGGAGAAGUCAAAUAUCUUAAUAUAUUAUCUUUAAUUUAUUAAUAUAAUAUAUCUUAAUAUAUUAUUUUUAAUGUAGUCUUAAUGAACACAUUUUUGCACUCUUGUAACACUGCAAUAAUGAGAGUUGUCAAUUUAUCAAAGUUUAAACCCUGUUUCUGUCUGUUGCUCUUUACAUUGUUUCAGUCAGCUGGCCUUCCCAGCUGACACUAAACACUGGCAUGAGUGUCGAGAAAUAUAUUAAAAUUCCCAAACGGACAUCAGUGAAUAAACCUAGAAGAAAAUGAACGUUACUGUAAAAAAUAGAUUUUUGGCUAUGUUUUGGUUAUUAUUGUUUGUUUAAUUUGCUACAAAAUUUAACAAGUUUUCAAAAUUUUCUCCUGUACAUCAUCUUAAUUUGGUUGGCAAAACUUGUACCAAUUAGUCAAAUCAGAUAAGUCAAUUUACAUUUAAUAGCUCACAUACAUGUAUUAAGUGCUUAGAAUGUCAAUUAUUGAAUGAUCCUUAAUAGCUCUUAAUCCCUGAAUAUUACCUUAUGUCACUAUUGUAGUUAUGUGACUGUUUGGCCAUAGCCUUUGUAAAAUACGUUAUAACUUAUAAAUUUUUUAUCGUUAUUUUCAUCAAGCACAUUUGCAACAAACCAGAGAAAAUUAUUGAUUGUGGUAGUUGAGACAGAUUAUCGCUAUCGCAAUAAUAUUCAUCGUACUCCAUCUCUGAGA